AUGGAGAGACAUUGCAUGCGCUUUACACGCUCUCUGGAGCUUGUGCGUGGGGGGCACUGCACUCCUUACCAGGUCCCUGACGGCGCUGGCAAGCAUCCCUUGACCCAUACGCCAUUCUUACCAAGUAUCACCCUAUCUUGGCUCGACCCUUUACUGAAAAGGGCGACCCGCUUUGAACUAUCGACGGAGCAUCUAUGGCCGAUUGACGAGAAGCUUGGCGAACCUUAUGCCUUGACAGAGGCCGACGCGUCUCUUCAAAGAUGGCGUUUUCUUCUCCCAAAGGGAUUACCUAGGAUAAUGCUCCUAGAAUGCACUGGGCCAUUGGUUAGGAGUGGACUGCUAGAGAUGGUCGCCAUCGUGACGGUCUCUCUCCAGCCCUUUCUGCUAGGUGCGCUUCUCGAGCAGCGCCGCUACACUUCUGUAAUUGCCUUGUUCAUUACUGGUAUGGUUGGUGGCGCAGCAAGGGCACAUGCGCGUUAUCAGCUGCGCAUGGCUGGUAUGGGUUUGCGAGCAGCCUUGACGGCUUUGAUUUGCGAUAGAAACCUCGAGAUUUCGAGCGCAGCCAGUGUCACUAAUGCGCCUGACCCCGUCAUUCUUAUGGAAGUCGAUCUGCCGCAGGUUUUUGCUCUCGUGGAGGCAUUUCAUACUACCUACCUAGCACCUCUGCAGUGUAUCAUCGGCUUCAUCGCGCUAGCAUAUAUUCUCACUUGGCAAAGUAUGCUUGCAGGUCUUGGUCUUGUGGCUAUCGGCGUACCUCUCUUCAUGCUGCUUAUGUCUCUUAUUUCGCAACGCCUCUCCAGCGUCAUGGAGGCCAAAGACGCGAGAGUCUCCACAGUCAACGAGAUGCUGGCGCAGGUCCGACAAAUUAAGCUCCAAGGAUGGCAGUCGUUCUUCAAUGCAAGGAUUGAUGCGAUUCGGGCAUAUGAGCUAAUGGAGGUCGGCCGAGUAGCGCUUCUCAAUGGCGCUUUGGUAGCCCUAUCUACCAUCAUACCCACAGGUCUAGUCGCCGUUACUCUGGUGACCUACAAUGCCAUGGGCGGUCAGCUGACCAGCCAGGUUAUGUUCCCAGCUCUAGCCUUCUUCUUCAAUAUCAAUAGUGGCUUGCAGGCUACUAGCCAGCUCGCUAUGAUAUAUCAGGCAGGAGUGAUCUCUUUGGAAAGGAUCAAGGACCACUUGAUGCCUCUGGACGAGCCUAUGCCCAGAAAGCACUUAGAUGCUCUUUCGGUGGGGCCAAGUGUUAUUGUGGAAGAAGGGACUAUUUCUACCUGGCAGUCGGGGAACGGACAUAGGUUGCUCCUCCGAGACAUCAACUUUGAAGCUGUACAGAAAGGCCUGACCGUGAUUUCCGGUCCUCUUGGCUCGGGUAAAUCGACCUUUCUCCGUUCGCUUAUAGGAGAUGUCCGACAACUCGACAGCAACAUCAAGAUCAGUGGUACUAUUGCAUAUUGCCCUCAGGUUCCGGUCCUCAUCCACGGCACAGUACGGGAUAAUAUUCUCUUUGGCCUACCUUAUGACCCCUCCUUUUAUCAACGUGUUAUUGAUGCAACAGCUCUAAGCAUCGACUUACCCCGUCUGGCCCAUGGUGACCAGACAAGGCUUGAUGGUACUGGUGCAGCCCUCUCCGGAGGCCAAAAAAGCCGAGUGGCUCUUGCAAGAGCUGUCUACUCGCGACGCGAUAUCGUCAUCCUCGAUAAUCCUUUGGCUGCUCUAGAUACCAAGGUUCGAGCAGAAGUCAUUGACCAGGUCUUGGGCCACAAAGGAAUUCUACAAGAUCAAAUUCGCAUCGUCACUAGCUCAUGUCAGCCACUGAUUGAGGCAGCUGACAGGGUGUACACUAUUUCCGAUCUUCGACUCCUGCAAGGCGCUGAAUUCAUUGAGGAUCCAUCUAUUACAAGCUCCGCCGCGGAAGACCUUUCAAGGACUGAGGAGCUGUUGAUUAGAGAUGAGUCACUUGUUGUGCCGCCUACCAGUCAAGUUGGCUGUGGAACUUUCGACGCCAAGUCUAUCGCGACCGUACAUGUUACAGAUGCCACAGAGGAGGCGCCACUUUUGGGGCGCCAUCCUACAGAAGUCCUCGCCAGCGGACAGCCAAACGUCGAAGGGGUGCCGCUUCGGGUAUACAUCAGUUAUCUGGGGAUGGCAAACAGAGGAGGUUGGUAUGUUGUAAUUGUCCUUGCAAUCAUGGCCAAGCUCGCGGAUGUCGUUGCUCUCUUUGUUCUGAGGUUGGCGACCGAAGGCGCUGAGGGUUUCCAUUUUCUGGGGGCUUUUACAGCACUGAGCUCAGUGGGAUCCAUUCUCUCAUUUGUCUUUGUCAUGACUGCGUAUUUUCUUUGUCUUAUUCCUGCCUCUCGUCGCCUCCACGAUCGUCUGACUAAAGCGGUGUUGGAGAGCCAAUUUCGCUUUUUCGAUGACAAUUCGCCAGGGCAGAUCCUCAGCCGCUUCACAAAUGACAUCAAUAAAGUCGAUUCUCAGCUUAACGCGGGCCUGAUUCGGUUUGUGAUCGCGGUCGUCAUGGCUCUGGCACCCAUCGCUGUUAUCAUCGCUACCGUCCCACUCAGUAUUGUCUACUUGAUUCCCCUCGGGUUCCUAUACAAGUACGUCCAGGCGUUCUAUCUCGGCGCCAAUCGACAGCUUCGAAGACUCGAGAAUGUCUCUCGUGAGACGAUCAUCAGUAUUACAGAAGAAAUGGCCACUGGUGCUUCCGUCAUACGAUGCUUCAAUCAGGAGCAGCUUUUUAAGCAGCGAGCCAGAGAUGCCAUCGAUGGCCACAUUAUCACCUCUGGGCCUUUUCAAGCCCUGAAAAUCUGGCUGGACUUGAGGCUUCAACUGCUUGCAAGUCUCGUUACUCUACUUUCCGCGACACUCAUUCUAUCUCUGAAUAUUCCAUCCGGUACUCUGGGUCUGGUCAUGAACUUUGUGCUCCAGAUUACCAAUCUUUUCAAUAGCCUUGUCGAGGUUCGGGCAGGCCUCGAGGCAGAUAUCACCUCGUACGAGAGUAUCCAGAUGUAUAAGGAGAACCACUCUGAGGAAGAUGUCGGUGUCAGCCUCGAUCCUCCUUUAAACUGGCCUUCGGAAGGGUCAGUCGUGUUCGACUCCUACACUGCCUCUUACAGGCCCGAGGGAAAGCCUUGUCUUAGAUCCCUCAGUCUAUCUAUUUCUGGGGGAGACCAUGUCGCCGUCGUUGGUCGAACCGGUGCUGGUAAGUCGUCCAUCGUCUUGGCCUUACUACGAGCGAUUGAAAAGGAUUGCAUGUAUGGGAAAAUCUGCAUAGACGGGUUGAAUAUUUCGUCUUUAAGUCCGGGGGCGAUCAGAAGACGUAUCGCUCUCGUUCCUCAGGAACCGGUAGUUAUUUCCGGGACGUUGAGAGAGAACCUUGAUCCUCUGGGCGACAUCGAGGAAUCUGAUCUACGGAGAGCACUGGCUUCCUGUCAGGUAAUUGAGAUACUCGGGAUUCUCCAGGACGAGGACCCUCUCGAGCAUAGAAUAUCAAGAUCAAACCUAUCAGCUGGACAAACACAGGUUCUUGCACUGGCUCGAGCCGUCGCAGCCAAGUGCAAAAUUAUUAUCUUAGACGAGGCGACGGCCGCUCUUGACGCGAAAGUAGCAACUGCUGUGCGGAAAGUGCUUAAGUCGAAGUUUCGAGACUGCACUAUGAUCGCCAUCACUCACGAUAUGGACUCUGCUAAAGCAUAUGAUCAAGUCCUUGUUAUUGACCACGGGCGGGUGGCCGAAUAUGAUACUCCCCAGGCACUGAUACAGAAUGGGAGGCUGAGCUUUUUAUCUUGA